GCUGGGGCUUGCCUUCACCCAGCUGGCAGGUGCUGGCCCCCAGCCCCACCUGGUGGGCAGCCGACUCCAUAAAAUGCCCCAAGGAGCAGGAGGCGGCGUUAGGAGGAGCGGCAGGAUGAGCUCGGAGCAUGGCCAGCAGCCACAGCCGGGGGGCCGAAGGGGCCGUGGUGAUAAGAAGUCCAGAAGGCGAGGCCGGCGCAAGGAAACCUACUCAGUGUAUAUCUACAAGGUGCUGAAGCAGGUGCACCCAGACAUCGGCAUCUCCUCCAAGGCCAUGAGCAUCAUGAACUCGUUUGUGAAUGAUGUGUUCGAACGUCUGGCUGGCGAGGCUGCCCGGCUGGCCCAGUACUCGGGCCGAACCACACUGACCUCCCGGGAAGUCCAGACGGCCGUGCGCCUGCUGCUGCCCGGGGAGCUGGCCAAGCACGCCGUGUCCGAGGGCACCAAGGCCGUCACCAAGUACACCAGCUCCAAGUGACCCCGGGGCCGAGUGUUUAAUAAAGAGUGAACUGCUCCCGUG